AUGGCUUUCGAAUCCAACUACAAGAAGAACUCAUACAAUAAGCCCCUGCUUAUCUUUGUCUGGUUGAAUCACCAUUACAGGACAAUAGUCUUUGCAGUUGCUUUGCUAUAUGACGAGACCGAGGAGACAUAUACUUGGGUUUUAGAGGAAUUUCUAGAGUGCAUGAAAAACAAACCACCUCCUGUGGUGGUCACCGAUGGUGAUCAUGCUAUUGCGAAAGCAAUACAAAAAGUUUUCCCAACUUCUGUUCACCGGUUGUGUGCUUGGCAUCUUCAGAAUAAUGUAACUAUUAAUGCGCCUCAUCCUGUAUUCAAGUCCAAGUUCAAUGAACUACUUUAUCAAUACUGUACCGAGGAAGAUUUCGAGGAUACAUGGAAUAGAAUGGUUUCAGAAUUCGAAUUUGAGGAUAGUCAAUGGGCAACAACUACCUACAGUAGUAGGAGGAGUUGGGCAGAAUGUUUCCUACGAGGGCAUUUCUUUGGGGGAGUAAGAACUACUCAAAGAUCAGAGUCAAUUAAUUCCUACUUGUCCCACAUCCUGACGAGCAAACUCAAACUUAGAGAUCUGGUUGGCCAAGUAGACAAGGCCAUACAAAGUAUUCGUCACACAGAAUGGGAAGACAAAUUCAUCAGCAACCAUAGUACGCCACAAUUACCAUCGAACAUCCUCCAACAAUACUAUGAUCAGGUAGCUUCGAUUUUGACAAGGAACAUGUACAAAAAAGUUGAGGAACAGAUCACGAGUGCCCUAGCUUACUCAGUGGACUCCACCAACGUAUCCAUUGACUUCAGGUUUUACUCACUAACGAAGUUUCCAAAGGGACUUGUACAACGUAGAGUGUGCUACUAUAUUGUCGAUGGUCAUAUAAACAGUACGUGUAUGUUGUUCGAGUCGGAUGGAAUUCCAUAUCGACAAAUAUUUGCAGUUAUGAAGCACCUCAACAUACCAUGCAUUCCUGAAUCUCUUUAUAAGGACCGGCGGAAGAAGGAUGCAAAAAACACGAUUGGGUUAAAAAAUUUAUCCCACUCAAGGGUGCCACCGGAUGUGCUAGUUUGUACAAGAUGGGGAUCUUUAACUUUGCGUUUCAAUGCAAUGGGAUACUAUGCCACUAAACAUAAUGAAAAUUUUGAAGAGGCAAUGAAUGAAAUGUCACAUAUGGAACAAAAAUUUAAGUCAAUGUCAGUGGAGGUCCAAUCUGUAGACCAAGUUUCAAAUGUGACUCCUACUAACAACCGCGAUCACCCCCCCCCCCCCCCCCCCCCCCUCCCAAACAGAGGAAUCCGAGACCCAACUGUGGUAAGAACGAAUGGGAGGGAAACAAACAAGUCAAAAUCAAAAGAGAAGGACACAGAAAAUGGGAGAUCCAGGAAAAAUAGGUGUCGCAACUGCAACCAAUUAGGGCAUAAUAAGGCUACUUGCAAAUCUAAUCCCGCAGCUCACACAAUAGAAAAAGAUUAUGAACCUUCUUGUAAUAGUCCAACCACUGAAGCAGAACCGUGGCUAUACCUCAUGCAGUCUCAAUUGAGCUUCACCGGAGACAAAAAUAUUAAAUUCCAUCAGUGGUAUAGUGAUAUUCCCACUAGUUCUAAUAUUGGGCCUAAGUAG